GCACAUCGUCGUUUCUCACACUCUUUUGCCGCUUCACCACCGGGCAUCACAACCCACUCCGCUCAAUUGUACGACAAGUCCAUCAUCUGUUGAGGGCCGGCGCCUGACCAACAGACACGAUGCUGGCCACGUCGGCAAUCCGCACUGCUCCAUUGAGGACAGCUGCACGAACCGUCGUCCGCAGGACAACCACUGUUAGUUGGCUACAAUCUCCUUCAGAACACGAAGAAAGCGAUUUCUCGAGAUCAAAUACUGACGGCAGAUUUUAGCGUGCUGCGUCCUCGAGCUCUUCCGAAGCGUCUUCUUCGCCCUUCUACAUCACAGCGGGUGCCUCGGCCGCAACAGCAGCUACAAUCGGCUCCAUCGCAUGGUACUACCAUCUUUUCGGUCAAGAUGCCUAUGCAAUGACACCCGCCGAGGAAGGACUACAUCCGACACAAUAUCCAUGGGAGCACGCAAAAUGGAAUAAAACCUUCGACCAUGCAGCUUUGCGAAGAGGAUUCCAAGUCUAUCAAGAAGUUUGCGCUGCUUGCCACUCGCUCAAGCGUAUUCCCUAUCGAUCUCUGGUCGGCACGUUUAUGACCGUCGAUGAAGCCAAGGCACUAGCUGAGGAGAAUGAAUACGACACGGAGCCCAAUGAUGAGGGUGAAAUCGAGAAGCGACCGGGAAAACUGUCAGACUAUCUUCCAUCACCUUACAAGAACGACGAAGCCGCACGUGCUGCCAACAAUGGUGCUCUGCCUCCUGAUCUAUCUCUGAUGGUCAAGGCCCGACAUGGUGGCUGCAACUACAUCUUCAGCUUGUUGACCGGUUAUCCUGAGGAGCCGCCUGCCGGUGCCACCGUGCAGUCUGGAUUGAACUUCAACCCAUAUUUCCCAGGUACUGGUAUUGCCAUGGCUCGUGUCUUGUAUGAUGGCCUUGUUGAAUACCCAGACGGUACACCAGCCACUACCUCGCAGAUGGCCAAAGAUGUGGUUGAAUUCUUGAACUGGACUGCCGAACCCGAGAUGGAUGACCGCAAGAAGAUGGGUGUCAAGGUUAUGAUCAUCGGAGUUGCUCUGUUGGCACUGAGUGGAUGGGUCAAACGAUACAAGUGGUCACCAAUCAAGACCCGAAAACUGGUCUACAACCCACCCAUUCAAGGCCGCGUUAGACGGUAAAAGAACGUAGAAGGAGAAAAAAAAGGCACGGAGAUUUUUGUUUUGCAAUGUGGUGAUCACAGCCCGAGAGGAGGGCAGGAUGGGUCGCUGUUUGUACCAAUGAAGAUAUACAAAUCCUGUUACAAAAUCAAACGUACAUAUCGACGAUUCUGGCCAGCAGCUUCUAUCAUCUCGUCAGUCAUUAAUGA